CCGCCCGGGGUCCUUCCGUACGCGUUGAUAUGAUUGGCCGGCGAAUAGUGGCUCUCUUUUCCCCCCUGGCUGCUUGAAGGCCCGCUGCCAUCAUGAACGACACAGUAACUAUUCGGACCAGGAAGUUCAUGACCAAUAGACUACUUCAACGGAAACAGAUGGUCAUCGACGUCCUUCACCCUGGGAAGGCAACAGUACCGAAGACAGAAAUUCGGGAAAAACUAGCCAAAAUGUACAAGACCACACCAGAUGUCAUCUUUGUAUUUGGAUUCAGAACCCAUUUCGGUGGUGGCAAGACAACUGGCUUUGGCAUGAUUUAUGAUUCCUUGGAUUACGCAAAGAAAAAUGAGCCCAAACAUAGACUUGCAAGACAUGGCCUGUAUGAGAAGAAAAAGACCUCAAGAAAACAGCGAAAGGAACGCAAGAACAGAAUGAAGAAAGUUAGGGGGACUGCAAAGGCCAAUGUUGGUGCUGGCAAAAAGAAGAAAUGAAGUGUCUAGCAGUGAGGUGGAGAUUGGAUGACAGAAGGAGUAAAGAUUCGUCAGUGACUGUGGUGAUUGAGCAGAUUUUCCAUGAGAGGGCUAAUAAACUAAGAACUUUUAUGUGUC